ACUGUUCAAAUCUAAAAACACAUUGUUUUGUUAUCGUACAUAUAAACAUUAAAAACGUGUUUGUAAAUUAAAAAAUCAAUAAAAUAAUGUCAAAAUGAGCGACAUUGUUGAAAAUCUCGAAAUCGACCGAGACAUUAUCUCGGCUGAUGAAUUGGAGCAACAAUUCAAUAAAAAAUACAACUUAUUAACUGAAACUGCAGUUACACUUCGAAGAUCGUAUAUAAACAAAUUAAGUGUUACAAAGUCGUUAAAAGUAGCAGUCAGUCAACAAGACAACACUAUUGAAGUAUACGAGUUAAAUAAUACAGCUCUGCAGCCAGUGUGUCACCUCAGUGGGCACGACAAGACACUCACUGAGGUGGUGUUCCACCCCAUUGAUGAUUUCCUUCUGUUUUCCACUGGCCUCGAUGGACUUAUCAAAUUAUGGGAUACAAGAGCAAAUGGGGCUUGUAUACAGGAAUAUAGAGAGGAAUCAGACUGUCAGAUCCGGCCCUAUGAAUGUAUGGAUAUAUCGGACAUUGGCAAUGUGUUCUGCAGUGGCAGCCAGUUGGUCAAGGAGGACUCCUUCAUUGUGUUCUGGGACCCGAGAUCUGCUGAUCCACUUGGUGGGUACUGGGAGAGCCAUACUGAUGAUGUGUCUCAGGUAAAAUUCAAGCCCAACACAAAUACAGUGCUAGCAUCGGGCGGUUCUGACGGCCUCAUCAACAUAUUCAAUCUAGUCGAACAACAAGAGGACGAAGCCCUCGCUUACUCACUCAAUGUUGAGAACUCAGUGGAGAAACUCACGUGGCUGGACGGCGGCAGGUUGAGUUGUAUCACCCAGUCCAAUGAUCUGCAGCUGUGGAACACUGAAACAGGAGACAUGGUCAAGGAGUAUGGACGAGAUAAAGUGGCUAGGAAUAUUAAGCGAAGCAGAGACGACGACUGCUACCUGGUGGACACAUACAAGUUGUCCGACAACACGCACUGCCUGCUGGCGGGCUCGCACGGCGGCGACGGCAAUGUGCUGAGGUCCCUGACCAUAUCGGACAAGCGGCUGCAGCCCGCGACCGACUUCAACAAGAACAAGCAGGUGGUCCGCUGCUGCCAUUAUGAUAGUGCUAGGGAUUUAAUGAUCACAACUGGAGAAUCUGGUCUUAUAAGCGUUUGGAGCGCUGACGCCACCGCAGACACCAAACCCACUGACGGCAAGAUAAACAACCGACAUCACGAGCACAGGCACAGACCGUAUUAAAUGUAUAAAUAUAGUGAAUAAAUGUAUAGAAACCUA